AUGUCUACACCAGAAAUGAGAAGAAUGCAUGUCAGUAGUGGAAGAGAAUCAAGUCCAGUGAUAAAAUCAGAAAUAGAACCAGUGGAUCACGUUUCGAAGACUAUUGCCCACAGAUUCUGCGCUAUUCUGCCCAAAUCCGUUUAUCUGUUCUGCACUAUUUUACCCAAAUCUGUUUAUGUCCAACAUGACUCGUCAUCAAAUCAGCGUCAACAAGCUAGACGAUCGACAUUUGGUCAGGAGAUCGGGCCAAGUAGUAUAGUGGUUAGUACUCCACGUUGUGGCCGUGGCGACGCAGAGCCGCUGAAUUGUCAUACACUUCAGAAUCCGCGUCGUGGCACUGGGGAAACACGUUGGCUGAUGAAUACUUCGCCAACAUCAGCACAGCAGGAGGAAACCUCUGCAGCUUCCCCAGUGAACUUCCACUGCGCUAAAAUGUCGAUAUUGUGGUGCGGAGUAUUUCUUGUCAGCUAUGAUUUCUACAUAAAACAGUGCAAAGUAUCUGGGAUAUGGUCGCAUACAAGAAUACGAAAGGCGUGGUCAAAAGGACGACACUGA